AUGGAGGAUCUAGAAAAGCUGAGGAGGGAGCAUUUCGCAGCUCGUUUCCGACCACGCCCACCGCCCCGGACCUGGGAGAAGGAGGAAGCGUUGGGGGAGAAGGAGGACCCGCCUUGGACCUUUGAGCACUGGGCGACGGAGCAGUCGAGGGAGCCAAAGGUGGAGGAAGUGUUGGGGGAGAAGGCGGGGGCGAAGAGGAAGGGAUAA